AUUAUGACAUUAAACAUGGCUGCUAAAUUAAUAAUAAGGACUCAGCUGAUCUCCAGGGAGAGAGAGAAGUGCGUACGAGGCGCGGGGCGGGUUUCGAGUGCAAUCGGCCAGUCGCCUGCCUCGCGUCACCCGCGUCAGUCGGAUCGCUGCGUCUUAUCGCGCCUCUUACCGAUAUUAGUGCCACAAUCUGUGAAUGCCAGGUAUUGGAUUGAAACUGUGUGCAGUGUUGCUGGAAACCCAAAAUUUUGUGCUGGAAUAUUAUAUCCUACAUCAACUAUUGCAGAUUCGGCAAGCACGUCAUUAAUAGUUCCUGUUACGCCGUCCCUCGCGGCAACAUAUUAAACAAAUCAACAGAAUGAUUUUAUGAGAGCGUCGCGACCUUCGUCGCCCUUUGGUCACCACGCGUCGACAUGGAGUACUGGCGCUAUGUCGCGUGUACGAUACUCCUCCUGUGUCCUCUUGCCCUCAGUCGGCACGAUGACGACUUCGCCUUCGAUAACAACGAGGAGUUCCAGGUGGAUCUGACAGCAAAUCAUUCUGAAAUAGCUAAGAAUGGCCUAAAAAGAUUGUGGGGUGUUCCUGACACAUCGGCCUACGUGGGACACCUGUUUAGAAUGGAAAUCCCUAAGGAAGCAUUUUCUGGGGAAGUUUUAGCAUAUAAGGUUCGAAGUCAAGAUGGGCAUCGCUUGCCGAGUUGGCUAGCGGUGGACACAAAGCAUGGGCUUGUCAGUGGCGUGCCGCAGAAGCAAGACGUUGGCGCCCACGCGUUUACGGUCAUUGCGCACGGACGCACGCACGGCCUUACCGCUACCGACUCCUUUACUGUUGAAGUGAAGAGAGCCGAUGAGAAGCCGCAAUCCAAGUAUGGUACAUGCCUACGCAACGAGAACAGGCUGCAGUUAGUGAUCUUGAUAGAUGGAGCAUUUCAUAGGAUUUCACACAGACAGCGGAUAAGAGCUCUCAUGGAACUCGCCCACUUCAUGGCUCUGGAUGGGGACGAAUUUUGGAUGGAACCGUACAAAUUAGAAUCGGCUCAGUCCCAUAUGGUACUUAUGAGUGGACCGGGUACAACAAAACGAAGACGAAGUGAAGCUACCACCGCCAUUUAUUUAAAUGUGGGAUGUGGGGAAAAGUUGUGGUCGCGUCACAAAGUGUUGGUUGCCGGAUUGAGAGAACAGUCUCGGGAUGGAACUCUUCAGCAGUUGCUCAACUUGCCCGUCCUGGGCUGGCGGCUGAUUGGCAUUAAACCUUUGCCACGGCUUAAGCGACAGUCGCCAUUGGAUGAAGGCUCCGGCGGCUACGACACUUACGACGGUGACUACGACGCGGACUACAGCGGCGACGACGAAGAUGAAGACGACGAAUACAACACCCAGAUCGAUGGUGAAGCUGUGCCGGUUAAUACCGAGCUCACCGACCCGUCGACGACGACCCAAACACCCCCCGCCCCAGAAAACAUUCCUGAAACCUCCCAGACCGAACCCCUCAGCUCUCUCAACCCACCCAACCCACCUAACUCUCCUACUCCCACGUCAGCCGCGACGAUUUCCACAGAGGACCCACGCGUCGAGACCACUCCCGAGUCCGCCACUAAUACGUAUACCACAGAGGAACACAAAGUUGAAAUAACACCGUACUCGGAGAGUGCUUCUGAAGCGAGCAACGUGGAUAUCCACAAGGAACCAAUAGCAGUUAAACCUCGGAGACUCGAUGAACAUUCUCCGAUAAUAAUAGUCCCAGAAGAAAUCACGACAGUCGAACCGGAACCUCAUACCAUAAUUAUCAAAGAGUCCAAUGAACUCACGCCUACAUCGUCUGAAACACCCACAUCACCGCUGACCGAAGAAACCGUCACCGUGCCAAUGUCGACGUCUGCGUCCACGUCGACGACGACUACGCCCGCUCCAACGACGGAGACAACUUCCACGACGACAACCAGUACGACGACUACGACGACGCCGACGCCCACGACAAUUGUCACAACGCCUACAACUAUGCCAACUACAACUCCCACAACUGAGGUUACAACGCAGGAGGUAACAAAGCAGGAGCCUAUACCAUCCACGGAACGCUCCAGUACGAUAAUCGGACGCACAACCGAAACGGUUCCAUUCCCCAUGCCAGUCAACCAGCCUCCCACACUCAAGCACCACAUGAAGAAACUAGCAAUCAUAGCUGGCAAUGCUUUCAGAUACAUUAUCCCGGCCGAUUUGUUUACGGACCCCGAAGAGGGCAGCAAUCUCACCUUCACAAUGUACGAAGCCGAAAAUGUACCACUCAGUAAAAACUCUUGGAUACAGUUUAUUCCCACAGAAAGGGAAGUCUAUGGAUUGCCCUUAGAAGCGCACGUGUCUCGCUGGAACUUCAUAGUAGAAGCGCAGGAUAGCGAAGGACUCGUCGCUCGAGGGCCCCUGGACAUAACAGUGCAGCAGCACAAGAGUGGGCGCACGAUCAACCACCAGUUCAUCAUGCAGUUCAAACUCCUCAAACAGUACGACAACGCCAUCGACUGGCAAAUACGAGCUUUGGAGGGCAUCGUCAAUCUCUUCCGAGAUACAGACAUGGACCAUUUAAUCGUCCUAAACGCGACGCAGAAUGGUGAUAUGUGCGAAUUCGUUUGGACAAAUGAAACUUUGCCUAAGGAUUCAGCGUGUCCCAUUGAUGACAUCAAUAGGCUUAUGAAGAUCAUGGAAUCUGAUACGGAACGCGGUAGCCCAUCUGCAGGCUUGGCUCGCGCGAUGUCGCCAGAGCUCAAAAUAUCAGAAGUAAAAUGGCGCGGUACUGGAAGAUGUGCAGGCGAACCUGUAGCAGGUACAACGACUCCGGAUACAUACCCACCCGUCACACGCAACCAAGUGGACCAUGUUACCGCUACGGUUGGACAUCUGCUGGUGUACAAAGUACCUGAGGAUACGUUCUUCGAUCCAGAAGACGGUGGCACUCGCAAUUUGCAACUCUCUCUACGCUUCAGCGAUCGCUCGGAUAUCCCUUCAGACAACUGGUUGCAAUUCGACGCGCGCAACCAAGAGUUCUACGGAGUGCCGUCGCCGAGCGACCAAGGAAGUGUCGAAUAUCAGCUGAUCGCUGAAGAUUCAAGCAAAAAGAGCGCCUACGAUAGUCUUAUUGUGGAAGUGGCAAAGGCGCCUACAAUCCGUCCAACAGUUGAGUUCCAAAUGACAAUGGACCCCUCACCGAACCUCGUUGAUAGCGCGAGCAACAAACGCAAAGUUGUGGGGAAACUUGCCGCGUUGUUCGGCCAGGAGGAGACCGAUAAUAUAAGAAUAGAGAGCAUAUCUGACAACCCCACUACGAUCAUUUGGUACAACACAAGCCUGCCGAUGGACAGGUGCCCGAAGCGCGAAAUAGAAGAACUACGAAGAAUGAUCAUCGUCGACGAACGAGGAUCCAUUGGAGGCAAUCUCAAAGAACACGUAGACCAAGUUUUCGACAAAGACCUCAAGGUCAUGUCAAUCCGUCUCAUUCCUCUGGGGCUCUGUGCGGAACAGAACACCAAAACUCCAAAGUCAAUGGUGCCAGCACCACCCGGUCCCAAUCCGCAGAAUAAGGCAACGAAUGCCAGUCCGGAGUACUCCGACUAUCUGGUAACGUUCGUGAUUCCGGCCAUCGUGAUCGUUUGUAUGAUCCUAGUUGCGGGCAUCAUUGCGUGCGUGCUGUACCGAAGACGGCGUACUGGUAAGUGUAAAAUGAGUGUCGGAGACGAGGAAGAGCGUCAAGCAUUCCGGUCCAAAGGAAUUCCCGUCAUCUUCCAAGAUGAGCUUGAAGAGAGAGCGGAUGCCGAGCCCGCUGACAAAAGCCCCGUCAUCAUGAGAGAAGAGAAACCACCCCUACUACCUCCAGCACCCGACUACCGAGGAGGGGAUGACGCCCCAUACCGCCCCCCUCCACCCUUUGCCGCCUCCCGCACACCCCCGCGCCCUAAAGCCACGCCCACAUACAGAAAACCCCCACCGUAUGUACCGCCAUAAAACUGCCUAAGCCUUCUAUUUAGCAUAGAAAACCCGUUUACAUACACACGUUAAUAUAGACGUAGCUGAGAGCUUGUCCAAAACAGACGAAUUAUUUAUACGAGUUACGAACACUUGAGAUAAGAAUCAGUAUUGAAUUACGCUGCUCCAACAAGAUAGGUAUUAUCGCAUAGGCAACUAACUAACAGGCAAGCACUUAUAAGAAAAGAAUGAAAAUAAUAUUUUGUACCCUAGUAAAACCUAUUUUGACUAUUAGUAAAAAGUUGGCUAAGACCCUACGUACAGAUCAUAAGCUGUUAGCCACGUUAGCGUUAGCAACCUAGAGUCACCCCAUCCCCUGCACAAACUUUGUCUACGUCUAUAUACGUAAAACAGCUAAAACGGGCAAACAAAUUAUAUCUUAAAUUUUGUCUAUAAGGAAACUAGUCGACCCAUUCGUUUUCAGCUACUCGAUAUACCCAUUAAUUCGAUUAUUUUGAUCAGUUAAGUUAUUUUUACGAGCAUUUAAGGAAAGGUGUAUAAUGAAAACAAGAAAUGCAUUUAUUACGAAAAAAAAAUGUAAAAUUUAAGCUAACGUAAACGAACCUCAUAUCGACUAAAAAGGAAUUGUGCACAAUUAUAAGUGACUACGAAUUUCUUGUAAUAUAAGUUAUGUCACGAAGUAGUUUGAAGCGUAGAUGUAAUGCUGUAUGGUUAUGGUGUUGAGUUGUACAAACGUUUCAAUUGUUACAUGAUUUCUGGAACUAAUAGCGCUUUUCUUAAUAUCCUUAGAUAUAUGAUGCCUGCUUUACCAAGUUCUUAAUUCAAAAGCGUCUGAAAAUAUAUUGGUCACUUUGCAAUUGUGCGUUCGGAAAUCUUUAUGUAUUUAUUUUAUGUCAUCGAUGCAAAGUAACGCCUACUACUAUGAAAAAUGUUAGUCACUACUAUUAUAAAUGAGGCGACCUCACUCACUUCAUAAUAGCCAAUGGUAUGGAGUUCUAAUAUGUAACGAUUUAAAUCUUUGAAAAUGAAAUCAACUCGAGUACUUCAUGAUAAAUAUUACUAGAAUGUUAUUGUUGGGGUAGGUUAUGUUACAUUAGCACUUUAGAUAUUGUCGUUUUACAAUUAUAACAGUUGGUAUCUAAUCUGAAAUUGUGGUGGAAUUUAUAAAGUCGAAAAAAAUUGUACCUUGAUAUAUUUCACAUAAUAUUAAUAACUUAAAAGUGCGAUAAACAAUAUUAACAAUAUUAAAUGUAUUUAAUAAAUUGUAUUCGACUGCCAUUCUAAUUGAUAUUUUAAGUAUAAUUAAAAUAUCGAAUAUUCUAACGCAAUAAUGAAACUAAACUUCAUAAAUAAGGCUAGACCAAAUGAUGGUAGAAACUUAUUUGCAACACAAACCGUACUCUACGCCAGGCGUUUUGAGCCGAAUCGGGCUGCAUCAGGCAUCCUGAAAUCAUGUCCAAGCGAUUUAGAUCUGUGUGUUGCCAGUUGAAUGAAAAAAAAUGGUAUUUUUCCAAUUAACUGGGGUGUUAACGUUGAAUACGUCGCGAUGAGAAUUGUGUUGCCAAUUCAUUUCUACCACAACAGUUCUGUAAAAGUGUUGGCUAAAUGCGUGCCAUUGUUUGAAAAAAUUGUUAUGUAAUAAUGUAAUUUAAAAGAACAUAUCGAAAAUGUAACAUUAGCCUUUAGCGUAGUUCUUCCAUACACAAAAUAUUAUAGGCUAUGUGUGUGUGUAUGUUAAGAGUAGAACACAGAAUGAUGUAGAGAGAUUGUGAACAAAGACUUGAGCACAUGUUUUUUAUCUCUGUUGAUGAGACUCAGUGUUUUGCCUUUCACAUAAAGGCUUUAGAUUUGCUCCGUUUAGGAGUGUUGUCGGUUUGAGAGCAUUUGUUAACUAAAUGUGAAUGUACGCAGCGGCUACUUUAUACUCUGUAAUAUUUUCAUCAGAACAUUCAAUGAGAAUAUAAACACAACCGUAUUUAAAUAAUCAUAUUAUCUGUUGUAUGCAGUAGCAUGUGUGGACAUUUCUUAUAACAUUACCUCUUUUAUCCGACGAGUAUAUUAAAAACGCUUUCACGCUACACAAAUUUUAUAAAUCGUGGGUUGUUGUGGAAUUUUCAAUUAUCUGGCGUGUACAUUAUAUAAUAUAAAAUAUAACAAUAUUGUGUUAUAUACAACUGACUUUAGUUUUAGGCUACGAAUAGAUAUUUUUUAAGAAUAAAGUAUCAUUUUGUACUUGUCUAAUUAUUACCAUAGGCUUAAGAAUAAUCAAAUUAUGUAAACGAUAGGGACUUUAAACGAAAUGAGCUAUAAAAUAACAUUUUCUUUGGAUGUAUUUUUUUCUAUUGUAUACUCAUUUAGAAUUUUUGCAUUUAUAGAUCUUUUUAGCCUUAUACAAUUUUAUAGGACAGCUCAUUGAACUAUUAUGGACAGCUGAUUUUUUUCUUUUAUUUUAUAAUUAUACAUAAUAUCGUUUAUUUCUUAGUAGUUGUACUUAAUAUUGUCCACACAAAACCGAACCAUUUUAUUAUAAUUUGUCUAUGACAGCUUUUUUGUUCAAACACCACUCUUCUAAACGCACACAUAAUUUAUGUAAUUAUUGAGUUUUUUUAAUUCUAAUUUAAUAAAAUGGUCUAGUGAUA